GGCUUACUUUAUUUACCUCUUACUUAAGUAUUUACUAUUCAGUGUCUUAGGAUUUUUACAGGCUACCUCUUGUAGGUAUUUCAGCGUUCUUCAGCGUAGUAAAGAUAGCCUGCGCUGCCAAAUCCUUAGUUCAGGCGCAUGCGCCAGGCUCCCCCACCAAAAAUCGAUUGCGCAUGCGCCGCUGUAACAGGCGCAGUGCGCCGGUGAAACACUACCUAUAUUCUACCCCCCCACAGAUCCCCCUGCUUGGGUGCUAAGUUACAUCUUGUUCGCUCGAAUAAAGCUUUCCGGCAAAUAUCAGCCGAAUCCACUAGACUUCAAUCUAGUCUACUGCGGUAUUGACACCUCCACGCUAGGUAUUUUGCCUAAAUCACGAAUUCUGCCCCGACGUGAAUGUCAGUCUUGGUGUUGAUCUGCGUAGUUUUUCCAGUUCAAUUCAUCAACUCCGAGGUCUCUUAAUACUCGUUUCUGUCCCUUGGAACUGGGAACAAUGCUUCAAUAUCACCUCCUAUACUUAUCAUGCGCCGUGUUUUCUUUACUUUCUCAGCCUCCCUCAGCUUGGCUGCAGGCGAGAACGGACUGAGUGGUUGGCUACGAUAUGCGCCUCUUCCAGAUGCAAGCCAGCACGCCGGCGCCAUUCCUUCAGCUAUCGUUGCAUUCAAUGAUUCCACGACAAGUCCAAUAUACACGGCCGGACUGGAACUUCAAGCAGGUAUCAAAGGUAUAUUGGGCAAGACUCUCAGCUUGUCCCAUCAGGGACCCAAUGCUGGAUCGUCGAUCAUCGUUGGAACUGUCGAUUCGUACACCAAAGCUUACGGCAGACCUCGAGGCGUCCCCAACCUCGACGAGGAAGGAUUCUGGCUUAAUACCAAAGGCAGUACCGUUCAAAUUCUGGGCCAGAAUGAGCGGGGAGCUCUUUAUGGAGCCUUCGAGUACCUAUCGUCAAUUGCGCAGGGCAAUUUCAAGCCAAUUGCAUAUGCCACAAACCCAAAUGCACCAAUCCGUUGGGUGAAUCAGUGGGACAACCUCGACGAUAGCGGAACCCAUGGAAGUGUGGAACGUGGUUAUGGUGGACCAUCGAUUUUCUUUGAGAAAGGCCAUGUUGUGCAAAAUAUGACCAGAGCAGCUCAAUAUGCCCGCCUCCUUGCUUCCAUCCGCGUCAAUGCAGUGGUUGUCAACAACGUCAACGCAAACGCAACUCUGCUUAGUGCCGACAACAUCGAAGGACUCGGCCGAAUAGCAGACGCUUUCCGACCAUAUGGAGUUCAAUUGGGAAUGUCUCUCAAUUUCGCUUCUCCUGAAGCAUUCGGUUUGAACACCUCUGAUCCCCUAGAUCCUUCUGUGAUUUCUUUUUGGACCAACGUCACCAAUCAGAUUUACCGUCGUGUCCCUGAUAUGGCUGGCUAUCUCGUCAAGGCAAACUUAGAAGGGCAGCCUGGCCCAUUGCACUACAACCGCACACUGGCGGAAGGCGCAAACCUUCUUGCAAAGGCCCUUGAGCCUCAUGGCGGAAUUGUCAUGUUCCGUGCAUUUGUGUACGAUCAGCUCAAUCAGUCUAAUUGGAAGGCAGACCGUGCGAAUGCGGCUGUUGAGUUCUUCAAGGAUCUGGAUGGCAAGUUUGACGAUAAUGUUGUCGUCCAAAUCAAGUAUGGGCCAAUCGACUUCCAAAUUCGAGAGCCUGUCUCGCCUCUCUUCUCUCACUUGAAGAAAACUAGCACUGCCGUGGAGCUUCAGGUCGCACAGGAAUAUCUUGGGCAGCAAAACCACCUCGUCUACUUGCCGCCUCUCUGGAAAACAAUCCUGGGUUUCGACCUUCGUGUUGAUGGGAAGAAGUCCUUGGUCAGAGAUAUCAUCUCCAGUGAACGUUUAAACCGACCUUUAGGAGGCUCAGCCGCUGUCGUGAACGUCGGGACGAACAACACCUGGCUGGGAAGCCAUCUGGCAAUGUCAAACUUAUAUGCAUACGGCCGCUUGGCAUGGGAUCCCACAGAAGAUUCCCAAGAUAUUUUGCAAGACUGGAUUCGUCUCACAUUUGGACUUGAUCGAAAAGUGCUGAAUGUCAUCACCAAGAUGUCCAUGGAGUCUUGGCAGGCGUACGAGAACUACAGCGGCAACCUAGGGAUUCAAACUCUGACGGAUAUCCUGUACACCCAUUUCGGACCUAAUCCGGCAUCCCAAGACAACAAUGGCUGGGGCCAAUGGACUCGGGCAGAUAGGAACUCAAUUGGGAUGGACCGCACAGUUUACAACGGCACGGGCUUUUCCGGACAGUACCCGGCUGAAGUCGCAGCUAGAUUUGAGAAGCCUGAAACGACCCCGGAUGAGCUCUUGCUCUGGUUCCAUCAUGUUAAUUACAACUAUCGUCUCCAAUCCGGUAAGACCGUUAUCCAACACUUCUAUGAUGCUCACUACAAAGGAGCCGCAACUGCUCAGACCUUUGUGCCAUUAUGGGAAUCGCUGAAGGGCAAGAUUGACAACGAACGAUACGAAGCUGUACUAUUCAGAUUGAAAUACCAAUCGGGCCAUUCUAUCGUCUGGCGCGAUGCCAUCAACAACUUCUACUGUAAUCUGUCUGGCAUACCGGACGAAGCCAGGCGCGUUGGCAACUAUCGGUGGCGCAUCGAAGCUGAGAAUAUGACCUUGACUGGCUACAAGGUUGUGCCUGUCACGCCCUUUGAGACUGCAUCCAAGUACAACGCAGUCGUCACAACAUCCAACACUACGACAGGAACAGCAAGCUCUGUCUUAGACUUCCCUUCUGGCGUGUACGAUGUUGCAGUCAACUAUUUCGAUUUGAACGGAGGUAGAUCGCAAUGGGAAUUACACAUUGGUAACAGGCUGAUUGGGAAAUGGGCAGGGAACAAUGAAGACAGCCUUGGACAUGAGCCGUUUGCUUACCUCGAUGGACACUCUGCGACGCGAAUCACAUUUCCUAGUAUUAAGAUCCAGAAAGGAGAGGUGGUCAAGGUGAUUGGUGUGCCGAGCGGGGCUGAAUUGGCUCCUCUGGAUUAUGUCUCCAUUCUUCCACAUGGAAUUGUAGAUUAGGGACAGUCACC